ACAAAGAUGGCGGCGACGGCGGAGGAAACAGCGUGAUAUGCUGGAGUAGUUGAACAUUACCCGAAUAUCACCACUGUCAGACCAGAGUUUGUUAAAUUACAACAAUGUCGCUGUAGGACUUGCUUUGUUGUAACUAUUACACCAACAUUUGACAUAUUCCCUGCGAGAAUAUUCAUCUUCUGAUUGAGGAGAAGAAAAUCUCACCGGGAGCAUGGCUUCGCGCAGUAACCAGUAUAUCUUUGGGGAGUUCAGCCCAGAUGAAUUCAAUCAAUUCUUUGUGACUCCCCGAUGUUUUGUGGAGCUUCCCCCAUUCAAUGACAAAGUAUCCUGCAUCAGCCACUCCUCAGGAAGUUACUGCACUCCUGCUGUGCCUUACAUUACGGAGUCAAUGAGACGGCAGGUUUGCGGGGAGGACUUCCAGCGCAUCGAGUUUGGCGUGGACGAAGUGAUGGAUGCGGAGCCUGUUGGGGUGAAGGAUCCCAUGUACAAAGUGUCGAGCACCCUGAACCCCCAGGCCCCAGAGUUCAUCCUGGGCUGCCAGUCUUCCCAGAAGGCCAUGCCCACAGCCAUGCCAGAGCCGGACGUCCCUGACGGCACCGACUUCAACUCCGUGGACUGCCCGGACUCUGAGCCCUCCGCCAUGGACAGCGCCCAGGCUGGGCAGGAACUAGACGGCAUGGGUGGAGGUCUGGGCCAGCGCGAACGCAAGAAAAAGAAAAAGCGCCCGCCGGGAUACUACAACUACCUGGAGGGCUCAGGCGGCAGUAACAACAGCGGCGGCAUGGUGGUGCCGGACGGGCCAUUGGGCUCGGGGCUGGUGAACGGACACUCGCUCGGCACCCCUAGCCUGACCUCCGAGGACACGAACCCAGAGGGGCUGUCGGGGCCUGAGCUCGGCACGCCGAGUCCAACCACCACCCCCGGUGCCAUCCCUGCCCCCGCCACCACCCCCGCACCCACAGCGGCUCCCACCCAUCAGAGGACUUGUGCCAGCCCUGAUGAAUCUUCCCUGGACUUGACCAGCGGCGCCGCCUCCUCUUCCUCAGACGGCAACAAUGCCGCCUCGUCGUCGUCCUCCUCUUCCUCCUCCUCUUCCUCCUCCUCUCAGAGCAGCGCGGUGGCGGAUGGGCGCAGGACUGCAGAGCAGCCGGCCGAGAGGCCAGAACUGCUGGUCGGCGGCAGGCACAGCCCUUGCCCCACCUCCCCUCCUCCACCCGUGUUGGCUGCUGCAGCCAGCCCGCUCGCAGCUGCCGCUGCUACUACUGAAGAGGAGGAGGAGGAAGGGGUUGUGGACAGUGGUGUAGCCAACGGGCUGGCUGGGCCCAGCUCUGCAGAUGGACAUGAGGACUCCUCUGAAGCAGGGGAGGCGCUGCAGAGCUUGCCCACUGCUGCCUCAGCAGCGCCCCCUGCUGCUGUCGCCCAGCCGCUGGCGGAGCAGGCACAGGUGCCCGCUGCGCCAGCAGCACCUGCUGCCAACCCGCCCAAGUCCUGGGCCAGCCUUUUCCACAACUCCAAGCCUUUGCCGGGGGGCCCACAGGCCUAUGUGGAGGUCAAGAACGUGCCGGUGGUGACGCCCACUUCUCCGGCUGCUGCCGAGGUGCCUGAGAAGGCUGGAGAGGUUCGGGAGGGCCCUGUCCCCGUGGCAGAGGACCCUAUGGCCCCCAAACUGGCAGAACUUAUUGAGAAUGUGAAAUUGAUACACAAACCAGUGUCUUUGCAACCCAGAGGACUGAUCAACAAGGGCAACUGGUGCUAUAUCAAUGCUACCUUGCAGGCCCUGAUUGCAUGUCCCCCAAUGUAUCAUCUGAUGAAAUCUAUCCCCCUGUUCAGUGAAACCCAGAGACCAUGCACAUCAACACCCAUGAUGGAUAACUUUGUUCGGCUGGUGAAUGAAUUCAGUAACAUGCCUGUGCCCUCUAAGGCCAAACUGCAAGCUGCUGGAGACAAAGUCAUGAAAGACAUUCGGCCAGGUGUACCUUUCGAGCCAACUUAUAUUUACAGACUCCUCACACUCAUCAAAUCGAGCCUCUCGGAGAAGGGGCGUCAGGAGGAUGCAGAGGAGUACCUGGGCUUCACCCUGAACGGCCUGCACGAGGAAAUGCUGGCGCUGAAAAAGCUCAUCUCUCCACAAGAAGAGAAAGUAUCAACACCGAAUGGCCCCGACUCCCAGCCAGGAAUGGCGGACGAUUCUGCUGAGAAGGAAGAAGAGGAGGGCAGCGAUGACGAGUGGGAGCAAGUGGGCCCCAGGAACAAGACCUCCAUCACCCGCCAGACAGACUUCAUCCGCACCCCCAUCACAGACAUAUUCGGAGGCCACAUCAGGUCGGUGGUGUACCAGCAGAGCUCCAAGGAGUCGGCCACCCUCCAGCCCUUCUUUACUCUGCAGCUGGACAUCCAAUCAGAGAAGAUCCGCACCGUCCAGGAAGCCUUGGAGACGCUCGUGGCACGCGAGUCUGUUCAGGGCUACACCACUAAAACCAAGCAGGAGAUUGAGAUCAGCCGGAGAGUUACCUUGGAGGAGCUGCCCCCUGUUCUAGUCCUUCACCUCAAGAGAUUUGUGUUUGAGAAGACUGGUGGAUGUCAAAAGCUGAUCAAGAAUAUUGACUACCCUGUAGAUCUGGAAAUCAGUAAAGAUCUUCUGUCUCCAGGGGUGCGGGGCAAAAUCUUCAAAGGCCAAAGAACCUACAGGCUCUUUGCAGUUGUGUAUCACCACGGGAACAGUGCUACAGGUGGCCACUACACUACGGAUGUCUUCCACAUCGGUCUGAACGGCUGGCUGCGCAUCGAUGACCAGGCGGUGAAAGUCAUCAACCAGUACCAGGUGGUGAAGCAGACUGCGGAGCGCACUGCCUACCUGCUGUACUACCGUCGCGUUGACCUGCUGUAGAAACCACACACGCACACAAAACACACCUCAGUACACCUCAACAGAAACAAAUCUACAUGAACUCGCACACUUUCAAAACCACACGUAUGUACGUUUGACAUGCGUAUGUACGUAGACACACAUACACACAGACACGCACACACACGCACGCACAUACACUCUAGCACACACGCCACACACAUACAGAUGUUCACAAACACAUUCACAUUUGUUUCAACAGGAACACUGCCCAACUUCUUAUCUUGCAAGAUUUUCCCCUCCCCACUCGACCUCCCCUGCUCGUCCUGAGAGCCAGCUUUUUACCAGCGGCACCUUUUUCCUUUAAUAUUUUUUUGGAAGUGAAAAAGACAUUUCUAAAAAAACAAAAAGCAGUGUGGGAACACUUUCCAGAGAUGGUUUACCAUGGGCCAUAUGGAUGGCCCCAAGUGGUCCACGGUGCACCGCUGCGGGGACGUGGGGGGA